CUUGCGAACGUGACAGGCGCUGAGGUCGCUGAGUUAAGAGAAGAGAGGACAAAAGAAUUGAUAUAAGCUAAAACAAAUGAUUGGAAACAGUGAAGUCAAAAAGAAACAGAUAUAUAUCGACUGGUGUGAUCUUAUUUUCGAGGAGUAUAGAAAUCAGUUUUGAAAGCAAUGGCAGGAAUUAAUUGCGCAAUUUCAACAAAUUUGCGUCAAUUAUUGAGGCUAUAUAUGAGAGGAUUCACAUGCUCGUUUUCAUCUAAAAGCACAGACGAGGUCGGCGAGAGUCCGAGAUUACGUGAAUUCAGGAAAAAAUUGCGCGAACGCGCUCCUAUAGAGAAAUUGGACGAAUUGGAGGAGGGCAAGCAUCCUUAUCAAGAGAAAGAACCUCUGAAACCAUUCCCAAACAACACGAAUCCGGAAACCGGCGAAGUCGGAGGUCCCCGUGGACCAGAGCCGACUCGUUACGGUGAUUGGGAAAGAAAAGGUCGUGUGUCAGACUUCUGAAUCAUCCUCGUUUGAGAAUAGCGCAAUUCAUUUGUUAAUAACACUUGGAAACUAUCAUCAAAACAUUCGUAUUUAAAUCUUAAAACAAUUCUGCUUUGAAAUACAAUGUUAUACAAUAAAACUUUUAUUUUCAUAUCAAGUUAAUCGAUAUAUAUCUCUUAUAAC